AUGGACUUUGUCGACGGAAGCGGAUGCACGGGUGACCCGGCCCGCGCAGUCCACAUUCAAAAUGCAAAGCUGAAGGCACCGCCGACGGCCCUGCUGCGCGGGGGAGAUGGCGGGGAAUUCUUGCAGGCAGCCAGUAGAGAGCAAGGCUUGCGGCACCACCAGUUCGAUGCAGAUUCCAGUACCUCCGAUGCAAGGGUUGCUAGAGAGCAACCAAAACACGAUCUUGCGCAAAGUCUUGGCUUGCUGAAAUCUGAAGAGGGACUUUCGAUGGAGGAAGGCACUGAAAGUGCCGGCAAAAACAAUUGGCACCACUCACCAGAGGCGUAUGCUGACGUUCUCGAGAAGCUCGAUAGGAUCACACGACACGAAGACGCAGGAAACCAAUGGAUAAACAUAAAGCUAGACCCAGUUUCAGCCUACCAUGAGGACAGGGCUCCUGGCAAUACAUGGAUUACCGACGGGGUCAAUGACGGCGUGCCUGGCUCCGGCAUUUCGAUGCACGGCGAUACGUUUGCGAUGUCUGCCCUGCAGAUUUCAUCCGUGGAGGCUCAAGAAAACGGCGCUACCUCUAAAACAGCAGCAUUGGAAAAUUCUGCAAGCACUCCUGCUGAAAAGUCGCACAAAGGGUCCGCAGAUCUUAGUGCCGAGGAUUCAAGUUCGCAUGCGACAUCGGGGCCAGUGGACUUCGUGACGAUGCCGGGUGGGACGGCUUUCUCGAAGGCUGUAAGGGAAUUUCAGGUUAUUGAGGAGAAUAAUGAGCUUGACAGCGAAUCCUUCGUAACCGUUGUGUACAACUUUCCACUCCAGACCAUGGAGAGUCGGCAGAUCGCCUUCAUAGUGGUUGCCCUUCCGCCGCAGUACACGGCGAGGGAGGACGGCCCCCUGUGCCACUCCUUGGAUUCCAGCAUGCCGCCUUUAAAAUGCUCAACCCGCAGUGCGUACAUGAGGAAUAGGCCAGGCAGUUUGAGCACAUUCGUUACGCUUUCGAGUUCGCAGAGUGGAAGAAGUUUGCCCCUGGGUCGGCACUCGUUUCGGCUCGCUGUGCGGACACCCUCUGAAGCGCUGUCUAUUGAGAAUCCCUCGAAUUGGUGGUUUUCUACAUUUCGAUUUACCGGCGGCCAUGCGAUAACGAAACACUGGGAGAACCGGAAGCUCAUCAGCAAGCGCGACUGCAUUUGGGGUGAGUGGCGUCAGGAAACUCCGUGCAGCACGACGUGCGGAGGGGGUUUCGAGGUGUGGACGCGCACCUUGUUUUCUGGGGAGAGCGAAGAGGCAUGUGGAGGGGCCCUCAUGAAGAGGCGGUGUCAGGUGGAGGAGUGCAGCUUGAAUUGUCAGCUGAGUGAGUGGGAAACGAUGGCGGACUGCACGAAGAGUUGCGGAGCAACAAACGAGGAUGCGUUCAAGAUUCGUAUCCGAAAGGUGCUGGUGCACAAGCGCGGAUGGGGCCAAGCGUGUGCGGAAAUGCAUCCAUGGGAUCCAGAGCUCGGCGUGGGUUGGAGCGAAAAGAUGCAGGCAGUUGUCAGCAUUUCUCCUUGCGACGACAAAUUCAAGGAGCACUGCCCUGCGGUGCUGGGGUGUCGCGUGGAGGAGUCGAACACGCGCACGAUCCCAGACGUCUUUCCUUGGGGUGCCUGCCCCUUUCCGUGCGGAGGCUUUGGCCGCAUAACGUCGAUCGUGCAAGUAGCCAACGGCAUCCCUCGGUGGAUCGGGGAGCAGCACUUUCCAGAGAGCUUUCAGAUCCCCUGCCGAGCCGACACGGAGCCGCUCGUGACGACUCGCAGCUGCAACACUGAUGCCUGCGAAGACUGCUCGGUGUACAUUGAGAACCCCAUCUUCGGGAGAGCCACUCGGGCGUGGUUCUUCUUUCUUCCGACGGCGGAGGCUGACCACAUGGAAAUCACAGCUCCUCGAGGAGUCGGCAUUGUGGACGACACGUUCGCAAGCACCAGCAGCAGCCCUCCUGGCACUAGGCCGCCUUUCAAGGUGUCUGCACUGUCUAGCGUUCUGCCUCCCGCCGCUCACCUCGCGAAAGCGCUCCCCGAACUGACGCCGGAAGCGGAGGUACUGACGGACGCAGAAGAGCUUGGCACGUGUGCGCGGAUGGCAACGUCUUUUGGAGCCAUUGCGUCGUGCGCUGUGUCUCGAUCGCGUCACUACAGCGGAUCGCAGGCUGCUCAUCUGCAUCUGGCUUCACUCAUAGAGCCUUCGAUCGCAGCGACGGGCACUCCGGGAGAAAAAUCCAAGAAGGCGCGACCUCAAUGGUUUGCACUGCCGGUGCUGCUAGGCAAGCGAGAAGAAAUGGAGGAUGCUGGAAACUUCUACUUGUGGCUCACGAGGAGCAAGUAUCCGAACGACCCCGAAGUAUUCAAGUGUCACUUGCGAACGAAGCUGGCGCUGCCGAAACGCUGCAAAUUCGCCUACACGCCAAAAAACCCCGAAGACUGCAAGCGCUGCACUUCGGAGUCAACGCCUUCCAUUGAAACAUGGCGUCGGUUCCUCCCUAGCGCCAACGGGGGCUCCUGCGAAAUUCCACACGCGCUGAGGCAUCCACGAGAAACGCUCGUGCAAACGAGCUGCGUCAAGAGCUGCAGCCAGCUGCGGAGUCGCAACACCACCGCCCCCAGCGAAGCCAAAACUGAGGAGCGCCAUGCGCAUGCGUCUCCGCAUGCGGAGACGCAUGCGGAGACGCACACGGGGGAAAGUCUCAACAUGCCUUCCAGCCUGAGGCGCCUUUCAAGGAGAGAACUUCAAAGCCUCCUCCUGAGGAAGAAGAAGGAGGCAGCUGCGCAGAAGACUUCUUCUUCUGGCCGUAAGGCCGAUGUCGAAGAAGGCGCGUUCAGUGCUGUCUUGCUGCCUGUCGACGAUGUAUCCAUGCCACUUCUCGGAGGUGCGCGACUGUACCUUCGAGAUGCACAGGAGGCAGCCGAGCAACUCACGGAAGUGGCCUCUCAAAACGAGCCAGAAUCAGCGAGCAAAAAGGCAGCUGACGGCAGUUCCACACGCAACACGCAGCCUGCAUCCACAGCAGAUCUCGAGAAACGAGAAAGUGGAAAGGAGACUGCCGCGCAAGGAGGCACGGUGCCAGCGACACAGGCCGCAUCGGGAGAUUCGUCUGCGGCAGGAGCAGAGCAACAAAAUGCUGCAGAGCGAACGGGAGCUGGCGUCGAGGCUCACAAAGAAGAGAGCAGUGACAAAAAAGAGAGGGAGGAGAGCAGC